AUGUCCACGCAUGGCUGGGCUGAACUGGCCUGGAUCUGUAGAGGUGGAGGCUGGGGGGGGGGGGGGUCGUGCGUUAGUGAAGGGGCUCCAGCUGGACAGAAGGGCCGGGACAGAGACGAGAGAGGCCCCCGGGCGCUGACAGUGAGGCUCCAGGCCGGUCCAGUCCCCUCGCGGCUUCGACCAGAGGAGGGGGCCGCUUAUCUGGCGCUCCCCCCCCCGUGGCCCCGUGCCUUGGCUGCAGGAGGAGGCAGAUGCCAUGUGGGCCCCAGUGUGUCGUGUGUCUGUGGCCAGCCCGCAGCUACGUCACAUGACUUCUUUCUGUUGGCGUCUCUCUCCACACAGAGCGCAAUCCCGGCGAGUGUAGGCAUCACUCCGGACCUGACACCGGACGCGGCAGACCUCAGCUCCUCCGCGCCUCCACUCCGUGUCCUCCGCGCUCUCUUCUCCAAACCCGGGCGCGUCUUGACGAGUGGAGUCGUCCUUUUACGUCGCGCAGAGACACACGCAGAACCCCCACAUGACCAGAGGAUCCAUCUGCGCCAGACAAGAACGUUACGAAGUUAUGAAAACAUAAGGAAGUGUGAGGUCUCGCCCCAGAGCCUGCCCGGGCCCAGAGCCUGCCGGGCCCCAGGGCAGCAGGACCUGACAGAUAUGGCUCUCUCUCUGCAGAUGGGGAAGCAGCGGGUUCUGGGCUCCGUGGGUUUGGCUCCAGUCGCGGAGGAUGAGACCGAACAGAUGAGCAGAUUAAUGGGGAUUGAAGGAAGUGUGUAA